CGUGACCCACCUAAAGACGUACAAGACGUAUUAAGUAGUUAAAAAGUUAAGUAAGAAAAAUGUCUGAUUAUAUUUCACAGAAAAACGUGUCUCCAGUAGUUCAAUUGUGUACCAAAUGCUGCUGUAUGGAGGAACAUCCAUGUCUGCUUUAUAAACCUCGAGGUCAGCAAGAAAAUGUCAACACAUAUCAAAGAGAAAUGGAUCUUUCCCGGCCCAGUAACGUUCGAAGUGUUCCUAUAGAAGUGGACCAGAUCAUGGAUUUGUGCCCUGUGGAAGAGAUAGAAAAAGAUACAAUCGAGUUGCAAAAUCUGUUGGGACUAAAUCCAUUUCGGAGUGAUUACUCUACAGCUAAAGAAGUUAAUGUAGAGAAAUAUUACACGAAUGGAACGUCCAACAACAGUAGUCCUGAUCAGAUUAUAGAGCGAAAACAAAGACACAGUACAGUGGAGAAAAGAAGACGGCUAGUGAUAGCCAACAGGAUUAAAGAGCUGAGAAACCUACUUUCAGAUCAUAUCCGAAAAAAAUCUAUGAGCAAGAUUGAAAUUUUAAAAGAAUCGAUAAACUUCAUUGUAAUGUUGGAACAAGCACAAAAAAGCCUUCCCUAUCUAGAGAAAAAACUCGGUGAGGUAAACAUUAAGAUGCGGAAAAUGAAGUCGCAGUUACAGACAAGAUCAACCAGGACAAAUGACUGGAUACCCAACACAAGCCAGCAACAAGAACCACCGACAAGGAAGCCAGUAGGACAUCAAACAGGAUAUGGCACACGGGCAGAUCACUGA